GGGGAGGAUCGAGUGGCUCAGCAGCUGCGAGUCCUCCAACCAUGGCGCUCGCGCUGGCCUCUCCUAUGGCGUCCCUCUCCUUCCGCUCCGGGAGGAUAUCCGCGGCGGCUAUCGGCAGCGUCGCCCGCACUGGCAGGGCAGCCCCGGUGGGGUCCUCCGCCUUCCCGUUCCUCCGGAGCUCAUUCGUCUCGUCCUCCUCCACGUCGUCCGCCUCCGCCUCCCCCGCCUCGCUCUCGGCGGCGGUCUCAGCGUCGCUGGCCUUCACGUCCUCUUCCUCGUUCGCCGCCAAAACCGCGUUGCCACCGAACGACCUGCUCAGAUCAGCGACGGCGAGGCAGAGGAGGCACUUGGCGACACGAAGCAGCAGCUCAUCGCCCUCGGAGACGAGCACGGACGAUUCCCAGUCCCCGAAACAAGAGAAGGCACCAUUUGGGUACACGAGGAAAGACGUGCUGCUGAUCGGCGUCGGCGUCACCGCCUUUGGCGUCGGGCUCAAGUACGGGCUGGAGCUCGUUGGGGUGGACCCCCUGCAGGCCGGCAACGUGGUGCAGCUGCUGGUGGUGCUCGGGAUGACGGUGGGGUGGAUCUCCACCUACAUGUUCCGGGUGGCCAACAAGGACAUGACCUACGCGCAGCAGCUCAGGGACUACGAGAAGCAAGUCAUGGAGAAACGGCUGGAGAGCUUGUCGGAGGCUGAGCUGCAAGCUCUGCUGGAGCAAGUGGAGGAAGAGAAGCAGCGCCUGCCGCAGAACCCGGAGGAGCCUAACGCCGUCACCUUCAAGAAGAAAUGAGGAGCACACCACAGUCCACACUCCCCGCAGAAAUGGUCAAACGGACGCCGUUCUUCGACAUGUCUAUAGCAUAGCUUCAGUAGCUACGUAGCUCGAUCGCUCUGUAAAGAUUUGUACAAUACGCCCGCUAGGCCACUAGUGCUGUCAAGCUUGCUUGGAUCCAGGCUACUCGUCGCCUCAAAUGUUCGGAUGUUAAUUUGGAGGACUAAACAUGAGCUAAUUAUAAAACUAAUUGUACAAGCCCUGGACUAA